CUCCAGUUCCCGAAGCGCUCGCUCGGCGAAACGUCGCAUCCCGUGCACCUCUGGGGGCAAUGACCGUUUGCUAUUGAAUGUUCCCCGCCGAGAGUGUAUGGCUGCGGAAGCGAGGCGCGGACCCGGCCCCCGAGGGGCCGCCGUCCGGGAAGCAAUGAUGCUGUUGCUCUGCCUGGGAGUCCCAACCGGGCACCCCUACAACGUGGACACCGAGAGCGCGCUGCUGUACCAGGGUCCGACCGACACGUUGUUCGGCUACUCCGUGGUGCUGCACAGCCACGGGGCGAACCGAUGGCUGGUGGUGGGGGCGCCCACUGCCAACUGGCUGGCCAAUGCUUCAGUGGUCAAACCCGGGGCCAUCUACAGAUGCCGGAUCGGCGAGAACCCAGGCCGGACUUGCGAACAGCUGCAGCUGGGUAGCCCUAAUGGAGAGCCUUGUGGAAGGACUUGUUUAGAAGAGAGAGACAAUCAAUGGUUGGGGGUCACCCUAUCCCGACAGCCGGGAGAAAAUGGAUCUGUUGUGACUUGUGGGCAUAGAUGGAAAAAUAUAUUUUACAUAAGAAAUGAAAAUAAACUUCCCAGUGGUGUUUGCUAUGGAAUGCCUUCUGACCUGCGAACAGAAUUGAGUAAAAGAAUGGCUCCCUGUUACCAAGAUUAUGUGAGAAAAUUUGGAGAACAUUUUGCAUCAUGUCAAGCUGGAAUAUCUAGUUUUUACACAGAGGAUUUAAUUGUGAUGGGAGCCCCAGGAUCAUCAUAUUGGACUGGCUCUCUUUUUGUCUACAAUAUAACUACAAAUAUAUACAAGGCUUUCGUGGACAGACAGAAUCAAGUAAAAUUUGGAAGUUAUUUAGGGUAUUCAGUUGGAGCUGGUCAUUUCCGGAGUCAGGAGUCUACUGAAGUAGUUGGAGGAGCCCCUCAACACGAGCAGAUUGGUAAAGCAUAUAUAUUCAGCAUUGAUGCAAAAGAGCUAAAUAUCUUACAUGAAAUGAAAGGUAAAAAGCUUGGUUCAUAUUUUGGAGCUUCUGUCUGUGCUGUGGACCUCAAUGCAGAUGGCUUCUCAGACCUCCUCGUGGGAGCGCCCAUGCAGAGCACCAUUCGGGAGGAAGGAAGAGUGUUUGUGUAUAUCAACUCUGGCAUGGGUGCAGUAAUGAAUGAAAUGGAAACAGUGCUCAUUGGAAGUGACAGAUAUGCUGCAAGAUUUGGAGAAUCUAUAGUUAAUCUUGGAGACAUUGACAAUGACGGCUUUGCAGAUGUUGCUGUUGGAGCGCCACAAGAAGAUGAUUUGCGAGGUGCAAUUUACAUUUACAAUGGCCGAGAAGAUGGGAUCUCUUCCACCUUUUCACAGAGAAUUGAAGGACUUCAAAUCAGUGAAUCCCUAAGGAUGUUUGGACAGUCUAUAUCAGGGCAAAUUGAUGCGGAUAAUAAUGGGUACAUUGAUGUGGCAGUUGGUGCUUUUCGAUCUGAUACGGCUGUGUUGCUAAGGACAAGGCCUGUGGUGAUUGUUGAAGCAUCUUUAAGCCACCCAGAGUCAGUGAAUAGAACAACAUUUGAUUGCAUUGAAAAUGGACAGCCCACUGUGUGCAUGGACUUAACACUCUGUUUCUCCUAUAAGGGCAAAGAAGUCCCAGGUUAUAUAGUUUUGUUUUAUAAUGUGAGUUUGGAUGUGAACAGAAAGGCAGAAUCUCCAUCAAGGUUUUACUUUUCUAUCAAUGGCACAUCUGAUGUGAUGAACGGAAUCAUUCAAGUAUCUAGCAGAGGUGCCACCUGUAGGACAAAUCAAGCCUUUAUGAGGAAAGAUGUGCGGGACAUCCUCAGCCCAAUUCACAUAGAAGCUGCUUACCAUCUUGGACAGCAUGUCAUUAGCAAGCGAAGUGCAAGGGAAUUCCCUCCACUUCAGCCAAUUUUGCAGCAGAAGAAAGAAAAGGACAUAAUUAAGAAAAUGAUCAACUUUGCAAGGUUUUGUGCCCAUGAAAAUUGUUCAGCUGAUUUACAGGUGUCUGCAAAAAUUGGAUUUAUGAAGCCAUAUGAAAAUAAAACCUACCUUGCUCUUGGGAGCAUGAAGACGCUGAUGUUGAACGUGUCUCUGUUUAAUGGAGGAGAUGAUGCCUAUGAGACGACUCUUCAUGUCAAACUACCUGCAGGGCUUUACUUCAUUAAGAUUUUAGACCUGGAAGAAAAACAAAUAAACUGUGAAGUAACAGAAAAGUCUGGAACAGUAAAACUUGACUGCAGUGUUGGUUAUAUAUAUGUAGAUCAUCUCUCAAAGAUGGACAUUAGCUUUCUCCUGGAUGUGAGCUCCCUCCACAAAGCAAAAGAGGACCUCACCAUCACAGUGCAUGCCUCCUGUGAGAAUGAAGAAUUGGAUGACCUGAAGGAUAAUACAGUGACUUUAACAAUACCUUUAAGAUACGAAAUUAGGCUAACUGUUCAUGGCUUUGUGAAUCCAACUUCAUUUGUAUAUGGAUCAAAUGAAGACAAUGAGCCAGAAACAUGUAUGGCAGAGAAACUGAACUUCACUUUCCAUAUUAUCAACACUGGCAUUAGCAUGGCUCCAAAUGUUACUGUGGAAAUAAUGGUACCAAAUUCUUUUGUCCCUCAGACUGAUAAACUAUUCAACAUUCUAGAUGUCCAGACAACUACUGGACAAUGUCACUUUAACAAUUACCAAAGAGAGUGUGCAUCAAAGCAGGAAAAGGGGACAAUGGAGACUUUGAGAGACAUUUUCAAAUUUAUGUCAAAGACUGAUAAAAGGCUAUUGUACUGCAUGAACACAGAUCUGUACUGUUUAAAUUUCCUAUGCAAUUUGGGGAGAAUGGAGAGUGGGAAGGAAGCUAGUGUUCACAUUCAGCUGGAAGGCCGGUCUUCCAUUUUGGAAAUGGAUGAUACUUCAGCACUCAAGUUUGAAAUAAGAGCAACAGCUUUUCAUGAGCCACAUCCAAAAGUCAUUGAACUAAACAAGGAUGAGAACAUUGCAUAUGUGGUACUGGAAGGAUUGCAUCAUCAGAGGCCCAAGCGUCAUUUCACUAUUGUAGUCAUUACAAGUAGUUUGCUACUUGGACUCUUGGUGCUUUUACUGAUUUCAUGUGUUAUGUGGAAGGCUGGCUUCUUUAAAAGACAAUACAAAUCUAUCUUACAAGAAGAGCAUAGAAGAGACAGCUGGAGUUAUGUCAACAGUAAAAACAAUGAGGAUGAUUAAAGACUUCUUUCAAAUUGAGAGAACUGAAAAUAGACUCAGGUUAGACAAAAACACUGUUUACAGGGAAAAAUGAAUUUUUCUUAUACUUUUCUAAUGUAGUUCUUCCAGUUACAGCUUUGUGAUAUUAUGUUUUCAUACAAGGAAAAAGCAGUGAUUGUGCUUUGAAAGAAAGUAACUGCACAAAGGUAAUCCUUAAUAUAUCGAAAAAUGGACUUUCAGCUGUUUGAUGAGUUUGACAAACACUAACGCCAUUGAUUUAAGAAAAACAAACUCUUGAAGAUAUUUUUGAAGACCCUUUAUUUUCAAGAAGCAUUAUUUAUAUAUGUAUUUACCUUGGCGAUGUAAAUCCCACUGAAUACUCUUCUUAAGACUGUGUGUGUGUGUGUGUUUGUGUGUGUGUGUGUGU